GUCCCUCACAUCGUCCCGGGGCGAUACGGCUACGGGUCGGCUCCUCAUGUUGCUCCCCAGCAGACGCACGCGGGUCGGAGCUCAGAGACGACUCGCCCUCACAGACAGAGACGCUCCCCUGCAGCUGAAGCCCGUCACCGGCAUCAACAACAACAACAGCACCAACAACAACAACAACACCAGUACCAGCACCAACCCCCCACAGCAGACCACAACCAGGACCCCUCAAGCAGCCUCCAUCACCCCAGCAGACCCUUCAUGCCACCCAGGAAUAACCAGGUCUGGGCCCCCCUCUACCAGCCGGGCUCUGGCCCCCAGACUCAGGACCAGCAGGGGCCCGGAUCCAGCCUCCAGACCUCUGGAGCCCCCCCGGAGAGACCCUACAGCCCCCUGCCCGGCUCCUCCUGCAGCGGGGAGCAGGCGCACCACAGGGUCUGCAACAGCAACGCCUGCCCUCCAUCCAGCAAACACAUCCGGGCUGUUCAGUGUUCUUCAUACAACAACAAACCUUUCAUGGGCAGACAGUACGAGUGGGAACCUUUCAACGAGG